ACAAAAAAAGCGCCUGGAACUACAUCGAGUAAAAACCUCUUCUUCCAGACAUUCGCCAAUUUGCUUGCUUCCAUGCCUCGCCGAAGCUCAGGAGGUCGAUCAGCCCGUGCAGCUCCCCGCCGUCAUGCACCAGCACGCAACCCUCCUCCUCAGCCUUUUUAUGAAGCUCGUCGUUCUCCAUCUCCAGCUCCAGCUCCGACUGGCCGUGGUGGAUCUAUGUUUUCAGGAUUUGUUCAGGGUAUGGCUUUGGGGAUUGGAGAUGCCGUGGCACACAGGGCUGUGGAUGCUUUGAUGGGUCCUCGCCGCGUCACUAUUCGAAAUGAAGCUGCCGCUGCUGCUUCUCCUACUCCUGCGGUUCCUGCUCGUCCUGCUGCUGCACCAGUACUAGAAACCAGGGCUAGCACUAGCAGUAUCAGUGGUUCAGAUGCCUGCAGUAAUCAUUCCAAGGCAUUUCAAGAUUGCAUCGACGAGUUUGUAAGUGAUAUCAACAAGUGUCAGUGGUACAUGGAUAAGCUGUACGAGUGCAAGAACAACUCCGGCAUGUUGAGUGCUUAACUAAGCACUGCUUCCUGUGCCUAUCAAGAUAGUGAAUUAGUGGUCUAUGUUUGGGGGAAUGAUUUCUUUAAAUAAAUCUUCAUAUAAGUAGUAGUACCUCUUCUUAUUUGAACUUGAUCCUACGAUGCUUGUUUCGUGUAUUCAUGCUCGUUAAUAAUGAUUUUUGUAACUAUUU